AUAAGUACAGGUUCGAUUGACUGACAACUGGCUUCGAGUGAGAUUGCCAUUGGUAAAACAAUAUAGCAAUAAUAAAACGGCAAGUACCCAGAGGUAGAUAUUUCGAGCAUUUUAAGCCAUCGUAUAGAUUAGGUGUUCUCGCGGUUGACUAUUUGGCAAGUGUCAUUCCUAGCAGUAGGAUGGAGUUGGUGGAUAAAGUUGCAAAAGCUGUCGUAAUAGUCCUGCUGGUCACUCUGCAAGCCGACUACAGUAGGCAAGCUCUCCCGCUGGUGAUCAACACCUGGAACUUUUCGAAUGCUACUCUCAGAGCUCAUCAAUCGCUGACGGUGGGAGAAUUCAGCGCAGUCGAUGCCCUCGUUGAAGGAUGCAGUGUGUGUGAACGCGAACAGUGCGACGGGACGGUUGGCUACGGGGGCAGCCCGGAUGAAAGCGGUGAGUCCACUCUGGAUGCCAUGAUCAUGGAUGGGACGACGAUGAAUGUUGGGGCGGUGGCUGCACUUCGGGAGAUCAAACAUGCUGUCGCUGUGGCUAAGCAUGUGCUGGAAAACACCAAGCAUACGUUGCUGGUCGGUAGUCAGGCCACCGAUUUUGCCGUUAUGAUGGGAUUCCAGCGGGAAACGCUGCAAACCGACCGCUCCAAGGAGAUGUGGGAACAGUGGAAAAUCAACCACUGUCAGCCGAACUUUUGGACGAAUGUGAUCCCAUCACCCUCGAUGUCAUGCGGCCCAUACGAACCAAUUUCCGAAAAUACCAUCAUCGAGGACUGGUCACUUGUUCCGGAAAAUGGCGACACCCAAAAACUGGAAUCCUCCGAACCGGAGUUUGGACGCUACAACCACGAUACCAUCGGGAUGAUCGUAAUCGACUCGAACGGUCACGUGGUGGCCGGAACAUCGACCAACGGCGCUCGGAAUAAAAUUCCCGGCAGGGUUGGCGAUUCCCCAAUUGCCGGUUCGGGUGCCUAUGCGGAUUCGACGGUGGGUGCAGCGGCUGCAACCGGCGACGGAGACAUUAUGAUGCGAUUCAUGCCGUCGCUACUGGCUGUGGAGGGUCUGCGACAGGGUCUGAACCCGAUGUUGGCCGGCGAGGCUGCGUUGGCUCGUAUCGCGAAACAUUACCCGGACUUUGUCGGUGGGAUUGUGGUUGCCACCAAGGAUGGCGAGUACGGUGCGGCUUGCCAUGGACUGACGCAGUUUCCGUAUUCGGUGGCCCAGGGUACGGGUCCGGAGUCGCAGGUUGUGGUCAAAACGGUUAAUUGCAGAAAGAAGCGGAAUUGAUGGAUAAUAAAUGGACUGUUACAUUGCA